AUGUCAGAUGCCAAGACCAAAGCCGCUGCUUUCCUGGCAGUGACUCUGCAGCGAGCUUGCCACAAUUCCUUCAUUGAGUGGGCCAAGGGUGACAAUGAACAUGCCAAGUAUACCGUGUCAAGCGUGAUCUUUGUUGCGCAAGUAGUUUGCGUCUUGCUUGGCUGGGUUUUGGCUCACAGCUCAGGGGGUUCCUCUGAGUUGAAGAAAUGCUUUGAUGUUGGAAACCUUUCGACAUUUGCGCAUAUUGGCUUGAUCUAUGCGCUGGGGGACAUCUUUGAGAUGGAGUCUGUGAACUACAUUGACUCAUCUACAUACACCGUGCUAUCCCAGUCGAAGCUAAUCAUCACCGCCACCAUGAUUUGGGUGAUGGAAGGGAAAGCCCAGAGCCUUAUGCAAUGGUUCAUCCUUUUCACGACUUCGUCUGGUAUGCUUGAGUAUGUCUUGGUUGGCAAAGCAAAGGGAGGUUCCAUGACCUUCAGUCCCUUUGGCGUUGGCCUCGCUCUCACGAAGGUAGCCAUCAGCUGCUAUGUAGCAGUAUUGAAUUCUGCAGCGCUGCAGAAAGACAAGAACACCUUCCCUGUGCAGUUCUCCUGCUUAAAGGUCUCCUGGGCCGCGGCCAGCUUGGUUUAUAUGGUCGUCAAGGAUGGCCUGUUGGGAGAUGGGGACAUGUUUGGAGAGUGGACACAUCGCACGGUGGUUCUGGUCUUCUGUGGCUUUAUUCUCAAGACGCUCUUCAACCAGUACCUCUUGAAGGUGUUGGAUGCGAUUUGGAAGAACAUUAGCGAGGCAGUGGGUGUCAUCUUGGUGUACUUUGGAAGGGUGGUCUUCCUGGGAGCUUCCUUCAGUGGACCAGUCUUCAAUGCUGGCAUUACAGUGGUUCUGGCUUGCAUUGCUUACGUUCUUUCCAAGGAGGGAGGUAAAGCCAAGAAGAGUGAUAUUGGGGAUGAGUUGAAUCCAAAUAUCUAUCCGGACCUUUCGGCGAGCCUGCUGCGGCACAGGUCACGGCCGUGA